AUAGCAUGAUGACUUCACUUCGCGUCACUGAUACUUGCCCUGGGGGAGUUUUGCUCACAGCUCACUGUUGAGAUAUGAACACUUUCUAGUUGGAGUUGUGUCCUCGGCUCAAUUCCGGACCAAAAAGAGUCCUCUGUACAGACAAGCGGCCCGUUGGACGAAGCGCUUCGGUGAUAACAAAAGAAAGUGUUUUUGCCAAGUUAGGUCGAGAAUUCGUUUUGCUAAUUCACUUGAUUUCUUUCCACAAAAAAAGUUUCCAUGACGGAAACGAUCCUGGUGUUGAGAAGCGCACAAGCUCCUGCCGGGGGCUACCGGGGGCGACUGCAAUGUUUAGAUCUCCGUAUGUGGUGGAGUUCUUUCCAGUGGAGAUUCGUAACGUUGGUGUUGGGAUGAGCUACAACAUUGGCUUCUGCAUCUUUGGCGGCUUCGCUCCCCUGAUCUGUGAAGCUUCGCAUGAUGUGGCCCCAUGGGCUCCGGGCUGCUUUUUUUCGGUGGCUGGAGUGAUCACCGCCUCAACUGUGCUGUUGAGCUUGCGCCUCCAAAGUCGAGGGGUUCUUUGCUUGGCACCCAUCAGAGCAGAUCCAUACUUCGAAGCUUCUUCCUGCAAGUCAAAGGUGACACGCGACUCUGCAAAAGACCAGUCCGUGAAGAAAGGAGGAGAGGAAGAUGCACAGGCCACAGAACAGGCCAAGUGCAAGAAAGGAGAACUGACAGAAAUGACAGAGGAGAAUUUUCAAACAGUACUAUAGAGAUUUGGCACUGGCUCGAAGUUCUUGAACCGAAUUCAAGAGCCAUACCACCUGAUAUCAUUUUCUUCAAGUUCUAAUCAAGAACAACGUGCGAGUUGCGUUUGCGUUUCAAGUUUCAUGCCAAAGAGAUCCAAAGAGCGGAAACCACUGUUUUGAAUGAGCAGCCACUUGACCACUGUUGACUAC